UCUCUAAUCACAUGCCACAUGCAUGCACACCAGUUUUAGUAGGUCUUUAGAGGCCAGUUCUCUCAUUACUCGGGUGUCUGCUGCCAAAGAGGAGGGCAACCAUGUGCUGUUGGGUAAACGGGCACAAAGGCAACGGCUGGGCCACGAUGAGCACUGGUGCAUUGUGACGUCUUUCAUUACCUUUACAGCUCACCGGGCCAGACCUGCUCCUCUCCUCUGCUCACCUAACCCCGCCAGCUGGCAGACAGUUAGGUGUCAGCUUCCCCUGUGUGUGUGUGCGUGCAUGUGUGCCUUGGGGGGGUAGGAUGAAUUGCUAGAGACAGCGUCCGGAUCCAGUCAAAGGCAGCUUGCGCAGGUGCAGAGAGGCAGGGUUGACAUGGUGCUCCAAAAGGCCAUUGCCGCAGCCCGCGAGGGAGACCUGCAGAGCCUAAGAGAGCUAGCUGAAACUGGAUGUCUUACCGAUACCAUUGUGGAUGCUCAGGGGGCGGGACUGGUGCAUCAUGCUGCACGCUGUGGUCAGCUGGACUGCCUUUGCUUUCUGGUGACAGAAGCAGGGUUCGAUGCUAACACAAAGGCCCUCAAUAGAGCCACACCUGUCCAUGAUGCUGCAGCUACAGGUCACACCCGGGAACUAAAGUGGCUCGUACAGGUUGCAAGAUGUAAUGUACAGGAUCAGGAUUCUGGUGGGGCCUCUCCGCUCCACCUCGCUGCACGGUUCGGCCGGGUGGAAGCUGUCCACUGGCUGCUGUCUCAUGCGAAUGGAGCAGAAGUGGAAACAAACUGCGGUGCUCUUCCUGCCCACUAUGCUGCAGCAAAGGGUGACCUCACCUGUUUGAAGCUGCUGAUUGGUCAAGCUCCAGGGUGUGUUAAUCGACAGACAAAUAUGGGCGCUACGCCGCUGUAUCUGGCCUGCCAGGAGGGACAUCUACAUGUUGUGGAGUAUCUGGUCAAAGACUGUGGAGCUGACGUACAUCUAAGAGCCCAAGAUGGUAUGACGCCACUGCAUGCUGCGGCUCACAUGGGCCACCAAGCAUUGGUGGUAUGGCUGGUGUCCUACACAGACGUCAGCCUGUCUAGUCAAGAUAAUGAAGGGGCGACUGCUUUACACUUUGCUGCCAGUGGGGGGCAUCAUGGCAUCCUGGAGAGGUUGUUACAGAUGGGAUCAAAGGUCAAAAAGGAUUACUGGGGUGGCACUCCUCUACAUGAUGCAGCAGAGAAUGGGGAGAUAGAGUGCUGUCGAAUCCUCCUGGGUCACCAGAUCAACCCAAAGGAAAGAGAUGUAGAUGGGUUCACGGCUGCUGAUCUGGCUGAAUACAACGGCCACUUCGAGUGUGCCAGAUACCUUCGCUCUGUGGAGAGAAAUCUCUGUCCAGCUGCCCAACCUCUGGAAGAAAACUGUCCUAUAGAGGAAGAGCUCAGAGAGAAACCGGCUGUGUCUCGGCAACCCAGCUCCGAUUAUUACAGACAGAUCACUAAUACACACAAAGCCAUGGACAGUCUUAAGCAUCCUGAGACCGAAGAUUCCCCUCAAGCCUGUUACCCCCCUUUAACACAUUCACCUUCUCCUCCCACUUCCACCACUACCCCCUCGCCUCCAUCUUCUACCUCACAUGGGAACGUUUUCCAGAAUGUCCACAUGGCCACUUCGGAACAUAAUUGGAAACAGAUGAGAGUAACAAAUGAUGUUCUUGUUCUGAUUGUCAUUGCAGUGGUGAAGAACCUUAGUUCCAGUACGCCUCUGAGUAAGCCAGUACCAGAGAAAGGAAAACUGUUUAUGGGAGAAAUGAAACUGGGAGAUGUAAAAUCCAUUGCCAGCCUUAAGAAAUCUGGACUGACAGCAGAUUUGACCAUUUCAAAUAAAAUGGUGGUGUUACCGACAGAGGAGGCUAAUUUGUCUGAUAUUGAUUACCUGGUACCCAUGCAUGAUGAGAAGGGCAGGCCUAUAGCAGAAUGGAAGAGGCAAGUGAUGGUACGACAGCUACAGGCCAGCUUAUUUGAUCAAGAAACCCAGAGGUUAAAGGAGUGUGGUACUAGAUAUACAAAGAUGGACAGUUGGAGGUACUCCCAGGCUCACAAUGCCAUCCUGGGUCCAUUUGGAGAGCUUCUAACAGAGGAUGACCUUAUUUAUCUAGAGAAGCAAAUUGAGAGUGUGUCGAUGCAAAAGAACUGCGAGGGUUACGAAAUGGAGCUUGCUCGUCUGGCCGAAGAACUUCGAAACAUUCUUCCGGCACCCAUCGUCAACAUCACGGUCAACACACAGUACAAGAACUCUACACAGACUCCCUUACCCGUUUGGUGCAACCGUAUUUCAGGCAUUGUGAAGAGUAUGUCAUUGCUUAUGACCAACCUAACAGACCAGCCCUACUGCAAAAUGCCAAACACAGAGCUUGUGAAUGUCUUCUCUCAGCCAUCAGAGAAGAAAGCUGUCAACAGAGGCAGGAGGGAGAAGAUAGAGAAUGAGAUUCAACAGUUUGGUGUCUCUGUAAGGAACUUAAAGUCCAACUUUGAGAAUCAGAACGAUUCCUCACAAAAUGAUUCAGGGAUGGCAGAAUCAUUGGGUGAACAAGAGCAAGAACCAGUAAGAAAUGGUUCAGAUGAGGUCUCUCAAAUACAAGAACAAAGACCAGAGGUUGACCAGAUUGGUGAUUCACCUAUUGACUGUGUCAUCAGUGAUGCCAUGGAAAGUACAACCCUGCGCAAGGAACGUAUCGUGGUCUUGUUCCUGGGUCACUGGAAGAAGUCGGCUUAUACGGUGACUGUGAGAAAUGCUCAGAGAAAGCAAAGCGUUGAUUCUCUGGAUAUAUCUAAGAAGCCGAAGUAUGAACGUAAAGCUAGCUUGGAUAUCUCUCCGAAGAACGCCAUGGAAAAUGGCAAAUUGGGGCACUUCUUCAAGCAGAGAAGUGCCAUCAAUAAGAUGAUUGGGAACUGGAGAAGCAUGAUCUCAUUUGUCCCGUCACGGCAAAUCCGAAGACUCAACCGGCAGCAGGCAGUUUACUCACCUGAGCAGUUCCUGCCCCGUGUGGAUGGAUCGCCCGUCGACUACGACACACUGACACUCGACCUCUUCAUGCUUGGCUACUUUCACAUCCUUGAGCUAGAUUUGCCAGCAGAUGAGAGGAAAAUAAGACACUUGCUGUGCUUUGAAGUGUUCGACCAUGUGGGGCGUUUCACCUGGGAGACUGUGCGUGAUUUUCACAAAGCUGUAAUUCAGGACAUUGAGGCGGGGAACCGGGAAUGGAAGGAUGGAUUUGAGGACAUUAAAGUGAGGUUCUUCGGAGAUGGAUCAGGCCAACCAGAGCUAGAACACGUAGAGCAGACAACGACGGUAGAAACGAGGCCUGUGCCUAAAGUCAUUAUACAGACACCUACCCCAGAUGAGAGCGAUGUCCUGAAAAAUAAUGCUGAUAUUAGUAGUCUGACUAAUGAGGAGAUUUGCAAAUAUAUUGACCGUAGUUUUGCUUUCUGGAAAGAAAAGGAGGCUGAGAUAUUUGAUUUUGAGGAAUGACAAUAAGCCUUUGGGGGGUAGGGGGUAUACAUAGAGAUUCCUUAUUAUCUUUAAAUAUAUGUAUUUUUUGCAUUUGUUGUAGAACAUGUACCAAUAUUUAUACAGUUGUGACAUGUUUUUCUCCAAUUUUCUAAGAGUGCAAGGUAGAAGACUGCCAUAAACUGUAAAACGUGUUGGCCUUUUUGUCAGAAUUAUCAGUAUGUGAUGUAAAAUGAUUUAAAUGCCCUUUUCUGUUAAUUUUUUGUUACUUCUUGAGAAUCAGAUAUUAAGAGACUUAAUUUGCACCAAUACUGGAGGCUGCUUACUCUAAUGAUUAAAUAAAUGAUCAUCUGACUGAU